AUGUCUUCUAAACAAAAGAAUACUCUUAGUGAUGCCCAAAAGCAUGAGCUUUGUUUUUAUGCCCACGAUAAUAAAUUAACUCAUGCAAAAUAUAUCGUUUGGAUUGAAGAAAAGUGGAGUAUUAGAGUGUAUAAAUCUACUAUUACCCAAAUUUUACAAACUAAAGAUAAACGGCUUACCACUGAAAUUGUUAACCCAGAGAAAAAAAGAAAUAGAGCCAUCACAGUUCCAGCCUUGAGCUUGCUCUUAAGAAAUUUUCUUUUUCAAGAAUGGCUUCGAGACUUUGAUCAAGAAAUCUUAAAAAAGCACAAAGGCAGAUCAGUGUUAUUGUUUCUUGAUAAUUGCUCAAGUCACAAAACUGAUGGUUUAUUUCUUCAAAAUGUAGAAAUAUGUUUCUUGUCUAAAAAUACAACUUCAAAGAUUCAGCCAAUGGAUGCAAGAAUUAUCAUGUCCUUCAAAAGAAAUUAUUAUCAUCAUCAUAUUCAAUGGAUGCUUGAUGAAAUUGAAAGUGGCAAAAAUAUACAAGAUUUAAAGAUAGAUAUUUUACAAGGCAUUAAAUAUAUUAUUCAAGGCUGGAAUGAAAAUGAAAAAGAAUCACUUGAAGAGCCAUUGCUUGAAGAACUUUCUAAAAAUAUUGAAGAUCUCAAUUUUUCUGACCCAAUGCAAGUAGAAGAAGAAACAUUUAGAGAGAGACCUGAUGAAAUAGAAAAUGAGGAUCUAGAAGAGGCAGAUGAUAGAGUCGAAAAAGAAAUUAUAAAACCAAGAGAAGCCUUUAAAAGUUUAGAUAAUAUACGCACCUUUUUACUUCAGCAAGAAGAUGCGAAUAAAUAUAUAAAGCUAGUUAAUAUAAUUAAAAAAUUUAUCACUACUAGAAAAAAUAAUUCGAUGACAUAA